CUCGGGGGUGCGGGCCGGCCCGGGGCGGUGGAGGAGGCGCCGCCUGAGCUCCGGAAGCCGCUGCCGAGGGGCGGCGGAGGGCCCUGGGAGCCGUGAGGGCGCCGAGGUCCGGGCGGGCCUUCCGUUCUGACAGCCAAACGUUCGGAAGUUGCUGAAUUGUUUCGCUUUGAUUCAUGGAGGUCAACGAUCCUGAGAACAUCUCGGAAAGUUGCGUUUUGAUAGACUUGGUGAGGCUACCGCCGAGCUGCCUUCGUCCACGCAGCCGCUAGUGUGUGCCGCAAGGCCGAGAAGUCUUUCCUGCCCUUACAACCAGCCCAGCGCCCAGGAUGCCCCACAAGAUUGGCUUCGUUGUUGUCAGCUCCUCUGGACACGAAGAUGGCUUCAGUGCCCGGGAACUAAUGAUCCACGCACCUACCGUCAGCGGGUGGAGGUCACCGAGAUUUUGCCAGUUUCCGCAAGAGAUCGUUCUUCAGAUGGUGGAGAGGUGUCGAAUAAGAAAGCUGCAGCUGCUCGCCCACCAGUACAUGAUCCCCAGCAAAGUGGAGUUCUACGUCAGCGAGAGCCUGCCCGAGUACUUCGUGCCCUACCAGGCAGAGCGCUUUCGAAGGCUCGGCUAUGUCUCUCUCUGUGACAACGAGAAGACGGGCUGCAGGGCCCGGGAGCUGAAGUCCGUCUACGUGGACGCGGUGGGACAGUUUCUCAAGCUGACCUUUCACGAAAACCACCUCAACAAGUACAACAUAUAUAAUCAGGUUGCUCUGGUUGCAGUAAAUAUCAUUGGAGACCCUGCAGAUUUUGGUGAUGAAAGCAAUAUUACCUCUAGAGAGAAGCUGAUUGAUCAUUAUCUGGGGCACAACACCGAGGACCCAGCUCUGGAAGGAACUUGUACUGGGAAAUCUGACUACAUUUCUCCACUAGAUGACUUAGCUUUCGAUAUGUACCAAGAUCCAGAAGUUGCCCAGAUUAUACGUAAAUUAGACGAAAGAAAACGCGAAGCCGUCCAAAAGGAACGCUACGACUAUGCCAAGAAGCUGAAACAAGCUAUUGCUGAUUUGCAAAAGGUGGGCGAGCGCCUCGGGCGGUACGAGGUGGAAAAGCGCUGCGCAGUAGAGAAGGAGGACUACGACCGCGCCAAGGAGAAGCAGCAGCAGAUGGAACGGUUCCGCAGCCAAGUGUACGAGCAGCUGCGGCUGCACAGCCUCGUGGACGCCGAGCUGGUGCAAAGGCCUCCUGACCUGCCCCUGCAGCCCCUGGCACACUCUGGCAGUCCUCGCCACCAGCAGCCAGCGCUGUCUCGACCGCGAGAGGACAGAGCCCCAGAAAGCCUGCGUGCAGAGCCCUUCCUUCAGGAAAAGCCUCCAGCACGUCCCCUGGGCCCUCCUCAGCCCGCCACAGCGGACCAGGCCCCGCCCGCCGCGGACCCUCACCUCAGGACCCACCUCCAGGCCGUGCCCUACGAUGAGCGGCCCCUUCCUGCUGCCCGGAAGCAGCCUGCGGCGGCCCUGGAACCAGAGAAGAGUGACUGGGAUGGCAGUGAGGCUCCCAGAGGAGCUGCCACUGGGGAGCCGGAGCCCUUGACGGAGAAGGCAUUGAGAGAGGCCAGCCCUGCCGUGGACGUGCUCGGAGAAGCCCUGGUCGCUGGGGCCUAUUCCAAGACGUGGUCGUACCGGGAAGACGCGCUGCUCGCACUGUGCAAACAGCUGAUGCAGAUGCCCGCUGGAGCCCCCAAGGAGGAGCUGAAGAACGUUCUGCGAGCGUCCAUCUUCCUCGUGAGGAGAGCCGUCAGAGACCUCGUGACCCCAGUCUUUCAGGCUUCUUUGAAACUGCUGAAGAUGAUAAUUACACAAUAUAUUCCCAAACACAAGCUGAGCAAGCUCGAAACGGCCCACUGUGUGGAGAGAACCGUUCCCGUUCUGCUCACCAGGACCGGAGACUCCUCUGCUCGCCUCCGAGUCAUAGCUUCCAAUUUUAUCCAGGAAAUGGCCUUGUUUAAGGAAGUUAGGUCUCUCCAGAUUAUCCCACCUUACUUGGUACAGCCGUUAAAAGCCAACUCUUCGGCUCAUCUGGCAAUGAGUCAGAUGGACCUCCUGGCCCGGCUCCUGAGAGACCUGGGCACCGGGAACACGGGUUUCACCGUCGAUAACGUGAUGAAGUUUUCAGUGAGUGCCCUGGAGCACAGAGUGUAUGAGGUUCGAGAGACAGCGGUUAGAAUUAUUUUGGACAUGUAUAAACAGCACCGGGCUUUUAUUCUAGAGUACCUCCCUCCAGACGACAACACCACGCGCAAGAACGUUCUCUAUAAAACAAUUUUUGACGGAUUUGCUAAAAUAGACGGCAGACCAACAGAUGCUGACACGAAGGCACAGAAAAAAGCGGCUACAGAAGAAGCGGAAAAACGAAAGAAAGAAGAAAUUAAAGCUUUACAAGGGCAGUUGGCAGUGCUCUCCGAAAUUCAGGCCGGAGUCCAGCCUGGCAAGGAGACGACGGCAGGCCCCACGCUGGAGGCAGACAGUCAGGACACGGAAGGAGGGAAGGCAGCCGCACGUCCUGCCCCAGAAGUCCCAGCCGCUCACUACUUAGAUAAUUUAUGUAUCUUCUGUGGGGAGAGGAGUGAGUCCUUCACGGAGGAGGGCCUGGACCUCCACUACUGGAAGCGCUGCCUCAUGCUGACAAGAUGCGCCUGCUGCAGGCAGGUGGUCGAGAUCUCCAGCCUGACGGAGCACCUGCUGACAGAAUGCGACAAGAAAGACGGGUUUGGAAAGUGUUACCGCUGCAACGAGGCUGUUCUGAAGGAAGAGCUGCCCAGACACAUAAAAGCAAAGGAUUGUAAUCCCGCCAAACCGGAGAAGCUGGCAAACCGCUGUCCUCUGUGCCACGAGAACUUCUCACCGGGGGAGGAGGCGUGGAAGGCUCACCUCAUGGGCCCCGCCGGCUGCACGAUGAACCUGCGCAAGACGCACGUGCUGCACAAGGCUCUGCCGCCAGCAGGUAAAGGCCCAGCCACGACCAAAUCAGGGACCUCUGCAUCCAAGGUCGGAAGCAAGAUCCCUACCCCAAAGGGACUGAACAAAAGCUCCGGCAGAACGUACACAAAGCGGUGACGUGACCCACAUUCUGUCUCCUUCGUCCCCACGAGGGACCGAGCGAGUUUCUUGAUUGCGAACCGUCUCUCCUAAGAUCCGCCUUUGGACGUGGCGACCCUGUGCUCCGCCCCCGCCGUCCCUCCGCUCGUGGCCCUGCUGUCCUCACCUGCCGCUCCCUGUGAGGGGCUGACGCAAGAGCCUGCGUCCGGGGCUCAGACCAAGCUCACCGCGGUUUGAAGCCACCAGGCUUCUGGCCUCCGAGGCCGCCGUCGCCAGAAGAGCAGCCAUUCCGUUUGAAGGGGACCGACCUCCCUGUCCGGGUCGGGUGAGCAGGUUACGGGUGUCCUCGAGCAGAGCGCCCUCUCCUCAAGCGCUUGGAGUGGUUUCCAUAAAGGCUUCGCUGUAAA